AUGAACUUCUAUUCACCACCGCCAGUGAUCAAGGCUUCGCUCCAUGUCAAAAUUCCAGACGCAGUGCGAUGUAGCGACGAGAGCGAAUGGCGAGGAGGCUUUGCUGGCGGUUACCAGAACAUCUUCUUGGAGGGGCCGACGAUCCUAAAGGUUGACAAGGACAAGAAUGUGACGCGGUGCAUCAAGUAUGAUGGAGAGCCAAAUGGCAUGGCAAUCAGGGCGGACGGCAAGUUCGUAGUCGCAGACUACAAGCAAGGAAUGCUGCUCUUCGAUCCUUCCACGAACCAAAUAUCGCCCCUGCUCACACGCAAGAAUCUCGAACGUUUCAAGGGUCCCAACGAUGUGAUAGUGAGCUCGAAAAACGAGAUCUACUUUACAGACCAAGGCCAGACCUCCAUGACGGACCAGACAGGGCGUGUCUACCGACUCCACUCUGAUGGUACCAAGAUCGAUAUGCUGGUCGCCAACGGCGUCUCGCCGAACGGCCUAGUCUUAUCGCCAGACGAAAGGUUUCUGUAUGUUGCGAUGACGCGCAGUAAUGAAGUAUGGCGGCUACCAUUGCACGAGGAUGGAUCGACAUCCAAGGUUGGGGUGUUCUUCAGGUCCUUUGGUAACGCUGGCCCAGAUGGUCUGGCCAUGGACGAGGAAGGAAGUUUGUUUGUCUGUCACCCAAGUCUGGGCGCGGUGUUUGUCGUCGAUAAGCAUGGACUGCCAAAGGUACGGAUAGACAGUGGGACUGACGGCAUCAACUUGACCAAUUGUACUUUUGGCGGACCGGAGGGCAAGACUCUCUUUAUCACCGACAGCCUGUUAGGCAAUGUACAGACAGUCGAGUGGCAUUGUCGAGGCGCAGGGUUCGCAAGGUGA